AUGUCUUCAGAGCCACAAGGUCUCCAACUAUUAGUUGGGUCCAAUCUACUUCCUGACGACCUCUUGAAUGAUUCGAAUUCGUAUUUGAGCAUAAUUUCGUAUUUGCAAGGAACGUCACCAUCAUGGUUAGUGAACUCAAUAAUCGAAAAUACACUUAGAGGCACUGCUACCGUUGUCAAUUCGGACUUGCUGACUAUCGUUCCGAACCGUAAGCGAGUUGUUUUGGCUUCUUUCAUGAACACAGGUGAUUUCUAUGUGAGCGGUACCAAGAAAAAUGGAUUGAAUUUGGAUCGAGAGGCCAAUUAUCAAUUCGUAGACUGCUUUACUGAUCUCUUUUCAAACUUGAUCAAGAACCCCACGAAUGCACUGGCUGAAUGUAGCACCAUAUUUGACAGCAUUAAAGCCAAGAUACACUCUCAUGACACCGUGGUUAUACUAGAAGGGAUUGACAUUCUACUUUCUGGUACUGACAUUAACCCCAAUGAGUUACUUCAACAUUUAUUUCAGAUAAAUAAAAAAUGCUGCCAGUUAUUUGUGGUGUUUCCUCAUGAUAUGCCACAGGUUAUAAAUCCUACAGCUAUGAACCCUAAUGAUCCAGCCUACAAAUCAGCGGAAUUUUUGUUCAAAUUGCAUCACAGAUCAAGUAUGAAUAUCCUCGUUCAACCAUUGCCAACAGGAAGAGCUAGUGACUUAACAGGCUCAUUAUCCAUAUCAAAGGGACCAGUACCCUACACAUGUACAAGUGUUUUGGAACGCGAGUACACUUUUAACGUUUUAAAAGACUCGACCGUCAAAUUGUAUUAUAGAUAA